UAUUCUAAUCUUAAGAUCGGUCACAGAAUUUCCAUUAAAAAAAAAGGGGGGAAGGAAAAAAAUGGCAACUCCUUUCUUGUGUACAAGAGAGGAGCACGAAGAAGGUCUCUGUUUGAGGAAUUGAGCAGGAAAAAGAACAGUUUGCAUAUAUCCAUUUGCAUGCACAAAUCUCGCCCGGCUGUCAGAAAAGGGAGAGAGCUGUCUGUCAAUCGCCGAGGAUCUUUUGGGGCUCUGUCGGAUUAACCCAUCUCAUCAUCCACUCCUUCGGAAACAGAGAGAGAGAGACCCACAGAGAGGAGAGGAGAGGAGAGGAGAGGAGAGGGAGUUGAUGUGUGCGACUCGUCACCAUCAUUGGCUACACGUGGAGCCAUAGAAAGUGGGAUUGCGAGAGGUUUUGACCCCGCCGACCUGUAUAAGUCGUGGCACAAAUCAAGUUGGUACAGGGAGGGAUGGCUCUCUCUGGGGUAUCUCCCAAUAGGAGAGGAGACCUGAGAAUCCAUGAAAACUUGGAUGAGCUCAAGACAGACUUGGCAGAUUAUAUUGCCGAGCUAUCAGAAGUGACGGUGAAGGAUCGUGGAGUCUUUUCCGUGGCUUUAUCUGGUGGCUCCCUCAUCAGCUUAAUGGGGAAGCUCUGUGAAGCUCCUUACAGCAAGACUGUGGACUGGGCAAAAUGGCACAUCUUCUGGGCAGAUGAGCGGGUGGUGGCAAAGACCCAUCCCGAUAGCAAUUAUAAGUUAGCAAAAGAUGGGCUUUUUUCGAAGGUUCCAGUUAUUCCUAGUCAUAUGCACUCUAUCAAUGACAACUUGUCCUCGGAGGAGGCAGCUAAUGACUAUGAGUUUGUGAUCCGACAGCUCGUGAAGACACGCGUGAUCAGUGCAUCUGAAGUUAACGACUGUCCUAAGUUUGACCUCAUCCUCCUCGGGGUGGGCCCUGAUGGUCAAGUUGCCUCUCUCUUUCCGGAACACCCAAUCCUCAAUGAGAAGGAUGAGUGGGUCACUUUUAUCACCAAUUCACCCAAACCCCCGCCGGAGAGGAUCACCUUCACAUUGCCUGUCAUAAACUCAGCAUCAAACAUUGCCGUGGUCGCAACGGGUGAGGCCAAAGCGGAAGUGUUGCGAUCCAUUCUUGAUGAUGAUGUGGGUCCUAACUGCCCUUCACUGCCUGCAAAGAUGGUUCAGCCGGGAAGUGGGAAGCUGGUUUGGUUCCUAGACAAGGAUGCUGCUUCAAAGCUCCAAGGUUAAUGGUUAAAAGGCGAGCUCUUCUCAGCUCAAAGUAAUGUAGCAGCUGUAUCUACUAGAGAAACUGAAACUCAAAACACCGAGUGUUCCGUUUUUUGCCCUUUUUGUUAAGUAGAAAAGAUAGAAGUUUCAAGAAACUAAUUCGGGUUUGAUCCUCCAUUUUGGCACAUCCUCGUCUAGGAGAGCUACUGUCCUUUCUGUAGAAGUACAACUAGAAGAGGUUGAUAAAAUAUGGGUUUACACAAGCCUUUUUGGUCCCUGCUAUGCAAAAAUUGCUACUUCUGGAAAUGUCAUAUUGAUGAUUCC